GUCAGAGGGCGUGGGACUGAGAGGUGCAAGACUGUAUUUGCGCGCGGCAGCCGGCGCUUUUGAUUGGGUGCGGUAAGGUUCUGCGUCUUCAGGACUCGGGAAGGCGGAAGCGGGCUGUGGCAGUGAGGUAACUGAAGAAUGGAGAAAAAAGUGAGCAGAAUUUAUCCAGUUUCUGAGCCAAGCACAAUAUAUUUUCUACAAGUCACUUGGGAAAAAGAGCUAGGCACUGGCUUUAUUAUAACACUUAGCGAUGGUCAGUCAGCAUGGACUGGGACAGUGUCUGAAGCUGAGAUUUCUAAGGAGGCUGAUGACAUGGAAAUGGAAAGGGAGAAGUAUGUUGAAGAACUGAGGAAAGCACUAGUAUUGGGAGCAGGCCCAGCCAAUAUGUACAACUUUGAUGUUUCUAAAGAUGAAGAAAAUGUGGAAAGCUGUGAUUUCUCAUAUGAAAAAAAUCUGAAAGAUGUUUCCUUUAGACUUGGAUCACUGAAGCUACAAAAAGUCUCAAGUCCAACUGAAGUAAUUAAAGAGCUGAUUUGCCACUGCCUAGAUUGCAUAUCAGACCUACAUGCCAAAAAGGAGCACCUGCAAAAGGAAAAUAAAAGGCUUCUAAGUGAUUGGAAUGACGUGCAAGGACUGCUGGAAAAAUGUGUGGAAGCUAAAGAAGAACUGGAGGCAGAUCUUUACAAAAGAUUUAUUCUUGUGCUCAAUGAAAAGAAAGCAAAGAUAAGAAAUUUACAAAAGUUGUUAAGAGAAGCUCAGGAACCUGCAGAGGAUACAACACGUGCAAGGGAUAGCAUGGCUACCGUCCAAACUGCUGCUGAAAGAGAGAGAGAUUAUGAUGGCAGCACUGAUGAGGAAAGUGAAAAUUUCACACAGCCCUCUACAUUAGCAUCAGCUGCAUCAAGGAAGGAUUCCCUUCUCAACAGCCCCGAUGUCACUGAUAUUGCACCAAGUAGAAAACGGAGACAAAGGAUACAAAAACCUGCUGGAGUGGAACCUAAGGUGGCUACAUAUGAGACCCAGCUACCGGCAAAGGAAAAGAAUUUGGGGACAGUCGUCAUCCAAGAAGCUGAGAGAGGAUCCAUCUGGACAGAGACUGAGAUUCUCUGUUUCUCCAUAGAACAGGAACAACACAGAUUUGAUCCUGCUCCAUCAAAGGCAUCAGACAAGCACCCGUCAGAUGUGUCAUCACUGGGAACUCAGAAAAUCACUGCUGAGCCAGAGGACCUCUUUGAUGAAAUCUAACUAGGCUUUUUUUCUGUUUUUGCUGAGAAACUAUCAGAACAAAAUUCCUGUUCAACACAAGCUGCUAAACCAUUAAGUUUAAUUACACAUUGAGUUGAAGCCAUUAUUCAGAGAGGGUUAUUUGUAAAUGAGGAUGGCACAUUAUUCUAGCCUAUCUGUAUAAUCACAUCAGGUAUCAAAAUCCUUCACUCGGACAUUCCAGUUCUUUGACCUGAUCCUUAGAUUGAUUCGCGCUACUUCGAUGAGGCCUUAAAAUCACAGGCCCUAUGCUACCAUCUCCAGUGUAGGGAAUGUGUCUGGGGAAAGAGAGCAUGGCCAGGAGAUCUCUACACUCCCAGCAAUCCUUGGCUGCUCUACAUAACACUGGAGACCUGCUGGUGGCUUAAAGCCACCUUAUACUUGGCCACCCCACCUCACCAUCACCCCCUUCCCCGAGCUGCACAAAGCACAGCCCAGGCACUGGACUGUUCUCUGCAUUAUAGAGGUGUUUAUUCUAAAAGAAUUAGUUUAGAAGUUGUACUUUGUGAUGGAAAACACCUGUGUAAGUUUAAUUUAUGGCUGUUCCUUAAAGCUUUCGAAGGCCACUUUCCUAGCAUGAACAUAAUUUCAGUAUGCACUCUGAGAUGUAUUUUUGGCUUUGGGAGUGAAAUGGCUGUAAGUUGAUAUUGUCUAUUUUUUCUAACAUAUUGAAUAUUGUCAAAAUAAUUAUUCUUCUGUACUGAGACAGUGACAUAGCCUUUUAAAAUAGUCAUUUAUGUAACACUUUACUGAUUUUUCUCAAGGUGAUUUUUAAAAACAAUAAAUGC